AUGACAGCAAAUACUGAAGGAGACGCGUUUGGCAGACUUCCCGUUGAGCUCAGGAUCAAGAUCCUUGAAUUGUCACCCGACCUCUUUUCACUACGAAGCUUAGCCCAUGCGUCGCCGGCCUUAGGCAGAGUACUCGACAGAUAUCCGCUCGAAAUUGUGGAGGUAGUCUUAGACGUUACCGUUCCUGUGGAAACUCGUCGGCUGAUGGGCGCGGUUCUCAAAGCUCGGUUUUUGCGCUUUCCAGCAUCCCUGUCCGAAGCUCAAAAUGUGGCUAAAAUUGACUCGCCUGCGAUCACCGACGAAAUGCGUUCGGCCAGACUGGACCGGGCCGCCGCGGCAGUACGGUCCCUACUCACUACCGCUCAGAAUGUCCAUGCCUGGUCCCAUGCCUGCCUCGAACAUUUGAUACAAAAAUCAAUGGAGUUGCGGCCCUCCACCCUCAUUCGCCUCUGGGAUGGCCGUCUAUCCUGGAAAUGGUAUGGAAAAGCCGAAAGUCAUGGCAACUAUGUCCCACAGUAUACUGGCCCGCCUUCAUGGGUGGAGGAGCAGCGGAUGGUCAAAGCAUUCUGGCGAAUACAGUUCUUCCUAGAACUGCAGGGCGAUGAUAACAAGAGUCGCCUGAUGAAUUGUUGGGCAAUACAAGAAGUUGACGUGUUGUCCAGAAGCAGCCCGGAUGACUUUUAUGACAUGUUCCGCUUCCAGCGGGAGCAGACCUUGACCGCAUAUGAUUUUCUUGGCGAAGUUAUCUCGGGUACUAUUCCUUCGGUAGAAGCUGUCCACGACGACACUCAUGGGUUGCCAAAGAUACGUUGGACUGAAGGUACAGUGCCAAGAUGGUCAUGUGCCGAGCCACCCUCAUUCGGGCGUAACAAAGACAUUUUUCAUCAGGGGCGAGAAUACCUUGACCAAACACCAUUGUCGUGCCGGUUUCUAGAUAUGAUGUCUCAACCUCAUACUGAAGGGGAUUCGCCUCUAUUCGGCCUCUCAUUUCAACCUUAUCGCAGAUACGGGUUCGCCAUAUGGGACAACAAGCGUAUGGCCGAUCUGGGCAUGCGGGACCCGACAAAUACGUCGGUCUUUAGAAACCGUAUAUUUUACUCGUUUAGAUGGUGGAGUAUCUUGACUGAGGAGGACGUGCAACAGGGCUUGCAAAAUCAAUAG